GACCGCGUGGUGCUCGGCGCGGGGCCCACGCCCUCCGACGACCAGCUGGCCGCCCUGGCGUUCGCGGUGGGCCGCAAGCAGCUGGCCGCCAACGACGCUGGCGGGCGCCGGACGGUCUGCCUGCUGCUCCACCGGAGCGGGCGAGACGGCCUGCUCCGCGCGGAGGUGACCACCGCCUGCUGGACCCGGGGCGGCGCCGGCUGCAGCGCAGAGGUGGCCGCUGUGAGCAGGCUGCUCCUGCGCUGCGGCUGCAGGACGCCCCUGGAGGGCGUGGAGCGCAUGGUCGUCGCGGUGGACGCAGACCACCUCGUGCCGCCCGAUCCGCGCGGCUGCGAGCUGCUUGUGGAGCACGCCGACCUCGCCGUCCCCAUCGUGUGCGCAUGGCUGGAG